AAGGCAACGGCAAAACCUAUUCCCACUACUUGGGUUGAUUUCCAGUCCAAAGUACAAGAUGUUGGAAAAACAAGACUCUGUGUUUCCUUGGAUGAGGUCACGGAAAUUGCAUCUGAAUGUGGAAUUUCUAAACCAACGCUCAACACUGUCCUCGAUUAUCUAAAUGACACCGGAAUAAUUCUGUACUCUAAGACUAAUGAGAAGUUAAAGUACACAGUUAUUACAAACUUGCGCAUGAUGAUCGACGUCGUGACGGAAAUCAUCACAGUAGUGAAACCAGAUGAUAUUGACACGCUGCCUAUACUGAAGCAGUGGUAUAAACUCGACCGUGAGGGAAUUCUACAAGAACAGUUGCUACAUCAUUUGUGGCGACAUGAGAUAGCGAAAGAUGCCAGCAACUUAGAGGUAUUUUUAGAAAUGUUGAAGAUGUUUGGGUUACUGUUUGAGCAAGAAAAGGUAUCUCAACCUGGUAACAGAAUCUUCAUUGUUCCCACUCGGAUGCAAAUCAAUAAAGAGGGCUUGAAAGUUAGGGAAGACGAGCAGCAAACGGCAUCGUUUUAUGUGACUCCCACAGAUUUCCUUCCGGAUGCUGUCUACAAUGUGCUGGUCGUUUCAUUUUUAGACUGGAUGAAUGACAAAGGUAGGAGUGGUGAUCAUGUGGAAUUGUUUCGGAAUCGGAGUGACUUUUGCUUUGAUGAUGAGCAUGUUGUGAGUCUAGGAGCUGUCAGAAUCAAGAACAGACAUGCAUUGAAAAUUGAAAUAUCAUGUAGGAUGAAAGUUGAUGAACAUGGCAAAGAAAAAAUUCUUGAACCACAUCCUAGCAUCUGCAUGAAGGUAUUAAGUUACAUCCGUCAGCAAUUGAAAACUGUGUAUGUUACUACAGAAGGAGUUGGCUAUGAGUUACGCGUCCUUUGUAAUACCUGUGAACCUACGCUGGGACCGCUGCAUAAACUUGAGGAAUGUUUGAUGAAAGAUAGUGUGCCAUGUGGAAAAACAAAGUCAGUUGCAACUACUCGUUUUAAACGACUCUUUUCAACAGCUAAGAUGGGCCAUGCUGCUUCUUCCCUUGAGCAUGUUGUAAUUCAAGGUAAUUUGAGAUUUUUCAUGCCACCACCAUUAUUGCUUCUUCACUCACCUAUAAAUCUGUUAGGAAAACUAAUUAAAGUAUUACUACCGUCAUUCCCGGAUGUUGAGGAAGGAACCAUUUCAAAACAAUUCAGUCAUCACAGACAAAAACUAAUGAAGUGUGGAAUGAACCUGACUCCAGACAAUGUGACAAAAAUUGAUGGAUUGUUUAACAUGCCCUGUAAGGAGUAUACCGAUGGCUGGAGUAUGAUCACUGAUCUAGAAGACAGACAGAUAAUCAGCGAAAAGAAUAUGAAAGAAUUCACUGAUUCAUUAAGAAGCCUUGAAAUCCAUCCAGCAUGCAAUGCACUACAAGAUGUGCAGUCAACUGUUGAAAGUCAGGUUUAA